AUGUUCAAAUUCGCCGUUGUUAUUUUUGCUGUCAUUGCCUGCGCUGCUGCUAAACCAGGUUUCAUUGGUGCUCCUUUGGCUUACGCUGCUCCCGCCGCUGUAGUAGCUGCCCCAGCUCCUGUUGUAACUGCCACCAGUAGCCAAGUUAUUGCCCGUAAUUAUAAUGGCAUUGCUACCGCUCCCAUAGUUGCUAAUGUUGCUGCUCCCGUAGUUGCUAAAACUGUUGCUCCAGUAGCUUUUGCUGCUCCUGUUGCCAGAUACGCCACUGCCUACUCUACACCUUUGGCUUACUCCACCCCUGUUGUAGCUAAAUAUGCUGCCGCUGCUCCCUUGGCUUACUCCGCCCCCGUUGUUGCCAAAUAUGCUGCCGCUGCUCCAUUUGCCUACUCUGCUCCUUUAAGCUAUGCUGCUCCAGCUUUGUGGUAAAUGUUAAAGACAUUGGUUGUAUCAUUAAUGGAAGACUGACUUGUUGAAAUAAAUUAUUUGAAAUAGUUACUAAAA